AUGUCCUCCUACGAGGAAGCCUGGCUCACCGGUCCCCAAUCCACCAACUUCUACACGCGUACAUACCGCCCCGAAGGCCCGCUGAAAGCCGCCGUCGUCUUCGUGCAUGGCUUCAUUGAACACAUCGCGCGGUACGAGCACGUUCUCCCCGUGUGGACUGCCCGCGGCAUCGCGGUCUUCGCAUUCGACCUGCGCGGUUUCGGGCGCACAGCACUGGGCGAGAAGGACAAGCGGAGCAAGGACAGCGCGUAUGGGAAGACGAGCUGGAGGGAGCAGAUGGAGGAUGUCGAAUGGGCAGUGAGACACACGCAGGAGGCGUUCAAGGAGGGGAAUGUGCCGGUGUUUCUGUAUGGGCAUUCUAUGGGAGGAGGUCUGGCUCUGGCUUUCGCGACUAGGUCGAGUGCUCCGCCAACGCAGGAGGCGGUUGGCUUGCUGUCUGGCGUCAUAGGCAGCAGCCCGCUCGUUAUCCAGACGAAACCCGCUUCAAAGGUGGCCAGAUGGAUAGGCGGGAAGGCUAGCACGCUCUCGCCGAACAUGAACAUUCCCGCCGAGGUCAAGCCUCAGGCCCUCUCCCAUGAUCCAGAAGUCGGAAAGGCCUUCAUGAAAGACCCCUUCGUCAAGCAGACUGGGUCGCUUCGCGGCAUCUCCGAUAUGUUGGACGGCGGGGAACAACUGCUCGCCAAAGAUUACGAAAGGUGGCCUCCCGGUCUCCCGACUGCUGCCAAGUUAUUGAUAGUUCACGGUACCGAAGAUCAGGUCACCUCGUGUAAGUCAAGCAAGGAGUUCCUCGACAAAGUACCAGCAGAGGAUAAAACCUUCAUACCGUUUGAGGGUGCAUACCACGAGGUCCACAAUGAGACCCAGGACAUGCGGGAGCCGUUCAUCGAGGCAUGCAUCUCCUGGGUGGAGCGACAUCUGGAGCAGAAGCUGGUGGCGUCGAGGCUGUGA